AUGGGACCUUCUUCUCUUCACUUCUUUCUAUUCUUUUCAUCAUUUCUUCUUCUUUCUUUUCGGUUUCUAUUUCUUUUCUUCUUUUCCCUUUUUCCUUCUGUUCUUUUCUUCUUCUCUUUCUUUUCUUCUUAUUUCCUUUCCCAUCUCUUUCAUUUUCCCUUUUUUCUUUUUUUUCUUUUCAUCUGUUCUUUCUUUCCUUCUUCUUUCCUUUCGUUUUCUAUUUCUUUCUUUCUUUCUUUCUUUCUUUCUUUCUUUCUUUUCCCUUCAUCUUUUCUUUUUGUCUUCUCUUUCUUUUUCUUCUUUUUUCCUUUUCUUUCCUAUUUCUUUCGUUCUUUACCCAUAUUCUUUCUUUUCUUUUCAUCUUGUCUCUCUUUCCUUCUUUCGACUGCUCUUGCUUUCCUUCUCCUUUCAUUUAUUUUCUCUAUCUUUCUUUCUUCCUUCCUAUCUAUCUAUCUAUCUAUCUAUAUAUCUAUCUAUCUAUCUAUCUCAGUUUGUUCGUAA